GGACCCUUGGACCCAUCCUUUCCUUCUCGUUUUCUGGAAAUUUGAAAUGCUGAAGGGAAAAAAAGUAUAGAAAUGGUAAAGAGUGGUGGUGCUGGGGACUCGCGGUGUCGGGCGUUUUCAAUUUUCACGGGACGCGAGGUAUUCUUGAAUCUCUGAUCUCUUGCUAUUCCCCUCAUUGUCCGGCUCUUGGCUCCUGCUUGUCUUUGGGUCAGCGGGGUCUCUUCCGUCCACUGUUCGACCUUCUUGAAUCUUGAUAGGCUUUGUAGGUAUAAUUCAAUGGAUGGUGGUUGGAGUAAUGUAGGAGAAGCAAGAGAGCAAGUCAAAACUGAUGUAGUAGCUUUGGGAGAUGUAGGAGAAGCGAGAGAGCAAGUCACAGCUGACGUAGCAGCUAUGGGAGAUGUAGGAGAAGCGAGAGAGCAAGUCACAACUGACGUAGCAGCUUUGGGAGAUGUAGGAGAAGCGAGAGAGCAAGUCACAACUGGCGUAACAGCUUUGGGAGAUGUAGAAGAAGCGAGAGAGCAAGUCACAACUGACGUAGCAGCUUUGGGAGAUGUAGGAGAAGCAAGAGAGCAAGUCACAACUGAUAUAGCAGCUUGGGGAGAUGUAGGAGAAGCAAGAAAGCAAGUCACAACUGAUGCAGCAGUUUUGGGAGAUGUGGGAGAUGUAGGAGAAUCAAGAGAGCAAGUCACAACUGUUGUAGCAGCUUUGGGAGAUGUAGGAGAAUCAAGAGAGCAAGUCACGACUGAUGCAGCAGCUUUGGGAGAUGUAGGAGAAUCAAGAGAGCAAGUCGUGACUGAUGCAGCAGCUUUGGUAGAUGUAGGAGAACCAAGAGAGCAAGUCGUGACUGAUGCGGCAGCUUUGGGAGAUGUAGGAGAAGCAAGAGAGCAAGUCACAACUGAUGCAGCAACUUUGGGAGAUGUAGGAGAAGCAAGAGAGCAAGUCACAACUGAUGCAGCAGCUUUGGGAGAUGUAGGAGAAGCAAGAGAGCAAGUCACAGCUGAUGCAGCAGCUUUGGGAGAUGUAGGAGAAGCAAGAGAGCAAGUCACAACUGAUGCAGCAGCUUUGGGAGAUCUAGGAGAAGCAAGAGAGCAAGUCACAACUGAUGCAGCAGCUUUGGGAGAUGUAGGAGAAGCAAGAGAGCAAGUCACAACUGAUGCAGCAGCUUUGGGAGAUGUAGGAGAAGCAAGAGAGCAACUCACAACUGAUGUAGCAGCUUUGGGAGAUGUACGAGAAUCAAGAGAGCAAGUCAAAACUGAUGCAGUAGCUUUGGGAGAUGUCAUAUCUGUCAAGCUUCGUGGUGGUUCAUGGUGGCCUGCACAGGUUGUUGAUAAAAAGGCUGUUACUAAGAGUGCUAGACCUGGUGAAAGAUCAGCAGGGAAAGUUUGUGUUCGGCUGUAUGGGAGCUAUGAAUAUUUAUAUGUGGAUCCAAUUAAGUGUCAUUCUGAGUUUGAGAAGAUACUCAAGCGGCAUAAUGGCUCUUACCAGGAAAUAUUUCGGCAGGCUCUUGAAAAGGACCUUCCUAGCUCAAAACUCAGCAGAUCAAAGCAUUCAAGAUCCAAGACUAAAGGCAAAAAUAAAUCAAAACGACAAAAGCCAUCUAACGGUGCACAAAACAUGGAAGGUUCCUCAAAUCAAAUGGAGCUGUUGAAUGACAAUAACCUUAGAAGCCAAGGCCCUGUAACUGAAAUAGCCUCUGGAGGAACGUCCCAGGAGUUGAAUGAGCGGCGGAUGAGAGUGAUGAGCAAACUUGGUCUCGCUGCCCCCCCUGGGUCUCCAUUCCUAAAAGAUUGACGCUUCUGUUACUCAAACUCGUGAUGGUUGUGGAGAUAGAGGAAUUGGUAGUGGGACACUGGCAUAUUAAAUUUUUUGUAUCAUUUUUUAUUACUGUACAAGACCUUUUGGUUAAUAAUAUACCGAAAGGUUUGAUUGCUGAUAGAGUACAAUGAUAUCAUGCAAAUAUUGUAAUCGAUCCCAUUUAGUGGGAUAAUGAUGAUUGUUGUUGUAUCACUUUUGAUUGUAUUAAUGUGAGCUAAUUUGAACUUUAACUUCAAGGUAUGAGACAGGUUGAGAACGUGUUGACAUUUGAUAUAUAUUUUCUUAAUAUCUUA